GAGCGAAGCCGCUUCGCCCGACCCUCGUCGAGCGCCAGUGAGACAAGGGAUUCGAGCGCCGCAGUUGUGGCUGGAACCCUGUCGAGGAAACAUUCCCGCGUGCGCCAGGAAGAUCGAGAAUGAAGCUUGCCAGCGGCCACGAGGUGACCCCCCUGGAGGGCGAGGAGCUGGCGAGGCAGGAGAGGGACUGGACCGGAUACACCGAAGGCAUGGUCCGUCUUUAUCCCGGGAGCUGGGUCUUCCCGGCGCCUUUCACAGAUUACGCUGAUAAGAUUUACAACUUCGAGGUGAAGCCGAGUGACGUUAUGGUGGUGACUUGGCCAAAAUGUGGCACUACCUGGGUUCAGGAGGUCGUGUGGACCAUGAGGAACAAUCCGAACCUCGACCAUCCUCAGGCGGCUCUGCCUGUUAAUGCCCGCGUGCCUUUCCUUGAGUUUGACAUGUUGAUGCGUUCCAAGAAACUAACCCCCCCUGGCCCCGAUCAUCCCAUCAUGCAAGGCUUCAAGAAGCUGUGUCCAGGGAAGAACCCCGCCGACGGCAUCUUCGUGCAGAUCGGCGAGGCCACGCCCGAGCCCCGGACGCUCAAGUCUCACCUCCCGCUGUCGCUCCUGCCGCCAGCCCUGGUGAACGUUGGCAAGGUGGUUUAUGUAGCAAGGAACCCGAAGGAUGUACUGGUGUCUUUCUGUCAUCACUCAAGAAUUUUCAAGAACCAUAAUUACGUUGGAAGUUUUGAGGACUUCGUUAAAUACUUUAUCGACGGGGACUUGGUGUAUGGACCUUAUUGGCAGCACCUGAAGGAAGCCUGGGAGAAGAAAGACAACCCUAAUCUACACUUCCUCUUCUACGAGGAUUUAAAGGAAAACAACAUGGAAGAACUAAAAAGACUAGAUGAUUUCCUUGGCACUAAACUCACCCAAGAGCAGCUGGACAAUGUGGCUCGCCACACAAGCUUUUCUCAGAUGAAGGCGCGCGAUUCUGUCCUCGGAGGCGGGGACAUGGAGGCCGUCUUCAACAUGGAAAUCGUCAACAAGGACGGCGGCUUCUUCAGGAAGGGUGCGUGA